ACGCAGUUUCAACAAAAUUCCUAAAAAGAAGAAGAAGAAAAAAAAAAAGAAAUCUGAAACCCGUCAUUUCGAUCGUUCUAGUGUUGACAAAGAGAUAUCAGAUAUUAGUCUCUCUGAUCAAACAAUGUUUCAUGGUGUUUGAUAAGUGAUAAAAGUUGAGUCAUCAAAUAAUUUCGCUACGUUUAACGACGCUUUCAACUGAUUAUAAUAGACCUCUUGGACGCCGUCUCGACCUGAUAUAUUUCUAAAGUCACGACUCGUUUAAGCCGAGAGAAAAGAAAGUGUUCCGCGGAGAAACGAAAACGUUCGUUCCUUUGAUGUAUCACGUUUGACACUGCAUAUUUUCUUAUCACGGUUUAUGGUCUCCUCGAUAUCAUCUCUAGAUUAAGACACGUUAAAGGGCUCCGCGGAAAGAGGGCGCGAGAUCAUAGGGAAGAUGCGAAGAUUGUAUAAGAAGUUGCAUCAUUCGGUUCGAAACCUCCUCCCGUGAUGUGCGCUCCUAGAAAGCAUCUCCGGCGCGAGUAUCUUUAUCAAAAGUUAUAUCUCAUAGCGGUACCAGGAUUAAUAUUUCUGCGAAUUUUAUCUACCUGUGAUAAUUAUCCGUCGUGAUUUCGAAUCGACCAAGAUUUUUGCCGCACCUAAAUUAAAAUUGCCUGGUCUUUCUCACAAAGUUAUAUUUAUAUUUCCUGUAAGAGGUUUGAAGAUUUUUCAGUUUCAAGAUGCGAUCGUGUUCGAUGCUGAUCAAUCUCAUCUGCAUUACCGCGUUGUUCUAUACGGUAGUUUCGGGGCAUCCCUUUUCGUUCCUGCCCAGACAUGCCGUCGAACGAGCUGCCGAACGUAGGAGCAUAGGCAGGCAAAUGGUGGACCAUAGUUCGAAUUUUUUGACCCCAUUGUCGGAAUACGGGUCACGAUCUUCCGAGACCAAGCCUGUAGAACCCUGGACCAAAGUCACCCAGCAUCCGGUGAACGGCAUUGAGACAACCGUGGGGAGCAGGGUAGAGUUGGAAUGCAAAGCAAGCGGCAGCCCGCCACCGGAAAUCUUCUGGUUCACAGGAAGUGGCAGCAAUGAACAACUCGUCGAUUAUGUCAAAACCAGCACACAUUCUUUGUACGAUCCGUCCGAGGAGUGGAAAGGAGUGGCUCGAAUUAAUUCAAAGCUCGUGAUAGAGUGUGUUACUCCGGAUGAUGCUGGAUUGAUCUACUGUGCGUCGGUUUCAGCAAGAGAGGUGAAGAUAUCCACUCCUACGAGGCUGCGGGUUAACAGCGAAGGAGGUAGUGUUAAUUGCAGCUCCGAAAGUGACCCAACGAUCACCCUUUAUUCACCCACAUUGGUAGCCAACAUAGGAGCAACCGUAGUGCUACCAUGCAGGGCAAGUGGGAAACCAACGCCAGAGAUCACUUGGUUGGAUAAUUUUAAUGUACCUCUAAGUUUAUCAACGAAUUUGCGACACAGACUGUUGGACAGUGGUGAUCUAUUGAUAGAAGAACUCUUAUGGGAAGAUAUGGGUGGUUACACUUGUCAAGCUAAAUCCGGACAUCGUCAACAAGUCGUCAGCACAUUCCUCUACCCUUUGCGCCCUGAAAAGGAAGUUCAUCGGACGAACUGAAGAAUCAUGAAGAAACUAAGCCUCAAUUGCUCCGAUUGAUCUCCUUUUCAUUGUAUGACGUGCAAGGCAUAUUGUAUAAAAAUAGUCUUUUGCGCAAAGUUUCGGCGUUCGUUAUCAUUCAAUGGUAUUGUUUCAGUAUACGCACUGUGGAUAAUUUUAUACAAAAGAAUUAUCGUAUCUCUUUAGUAUUGACAACUCGGCAUCGUGUCCGAGAAUUAACCACGCUUCGUUAAGUUACUGUUAAUGAAAUACAACGGACUAUUUUAUACUUAAAAUUUUAUAAACCAUUUUAGGAUGCCAAAGAAUUUUAUAUUUCAUUAGAAUUAUUAUUUUAAAUGAUUUUAAAAUAGCAAUUUUAAGCUGUUUUAAAUAUUUAAUAUAUAUAUUUAAUCUAUAUAUUGCGGUACCUCUUCAUAGCGAUGUUUCGUAUAGUUUAAACGAAUUAUUUAUUUAUUGUGUAUGUACAAUGGGAGCCGAUCUUGUAGGCAAAUGUAAUGAAGGAUACUUCAUUUAAUA